CUUUCUCUCUAAACAACUACACCAACUCUUUCUCUCUCCCUCUCUCUCUCACACAGAUACAGACAUAAAGCAAAUCUUCAUCAAUGGAGAAUAUCAUCAUGAAGAAACAAGCUUCUUCUCUAGCUCCAUCACCACUAGCCAUGCAUAAAGAUUCACAAACAAUAUCAAAAGUGAAGCCAAAGAUUCGCAUAAUUCACAUAUUUGCUCCAGAAAUCAUCAAGACGGAUGUUGCAAAUUUUAGAGAAUUGGUGCAAAGACUCACAGGGAAACCAGCUGACAAGGCCUGCAAGAAGAAACCAAGAAUUCCCAAAAGAACACAAGCGCCGCCAACAGCAGCCGCCAUGAAAAUGGAGAUCAGAAGUGGGUUUGCGAGAGACAAGGUUAAAGAAGAAGAUCAUGAAGAAGAAAUGUGGAAUGGUGCAAAUUCAGGUGGUUUCUUAGCUGGGUUUGCAGAUUUGGAUGGUUUUAUUCAAGAACUCGGUGAAUUCCCAAUGCUGCCUAUGGAGGCUAAUUAUCAAAUGCAUAGCUUUGGAGAGAGUCAACUUGUCUAAUGGAAAUCGUUUAGGUUUAAUUUUCUUCCAUUUUCCUGGAAAAUAUGCUUGAUCUCUUUCAGACCUUUUUUUCCUUUUUAUUUUAUCUUUUGGGGGAUUGAUUAAAUUAGAUAAUUUAACUGAUGAAUUCUUGCUA